CGUCAUAUCAGGGAAGGUAGAUUUUAAAUGAAGGGAAACUAACGUGUUUUAUCUACGAUUCCACCAUGGAGAAGCCUCGAUAGGAUUUGCCAGCUUUAGUCCCUAUGUAGGUCUUCCUUACAAGGAAUAUUGACAUUUAACUGUGGUUCACAACUCGGUCUACCUGCAGUCCAGAGUCAUGGAGCAGAGUUUCAGUUCCGACACUGUUUUUCAAAGCCUAAAAGACCAGCACCCUGGACUAAAUCAUGACAGUGGAUAUGAAGAAUUACUUCACAGUUCCAAAGUGGAGACAUCGGAAACAAAAUUUGAUACAGGGAACUCUUUUUCUUUUGACUGUUUGCAUUUGUGUGCGAUGUCAAAGGAAAAGCUCCCACAAAACCAUGUACUUAUUGAUAGCACAUCUUCCAACUCCACAACACCCAAGAAGGAUAGACUGAGAGCAAAAGAUGCACAAAGAAGUCCAAGGAAAGACAUGAAGAAAGAAAAUGCAUUUUCCUCUGGCUGGUGUGAAACUCCAAAAACGUAUAAAAAGGAUUAUUCACUGCGAAGACGCCUCCUCGUGUCCAGAGCUGCAACCGACGAGAAACAGGGAAACUCGAAGGCAUUGGAUAGCAGGCUCAGCUCACCUUCUGAUGCUCCCAGUUUUGAGGAUGAUUCUAGAAGUUUUGAUUCCCCAGACACCCGGUUGUUUGAAGCCUUGGUCACUAGCACUUUAAAAAACGAUGAAGUGUCUUUGUCAUGCAGGAAGAGACGUCUUGUGUUCUCUCAGGUAAAAACGUCAACCCUUGAAGAUGGGAAGAACAAAGCCCCCCAGCCUUCUGCCUCUGAGGCAGGGAUUACCAAGCUCCUUACAGCCCAGGGAGACCUCAAUGAGAGCAUCAUCUCCUCCUUCCCACACCACUUGGCCCCGGAGUUGCUUGAGACUCCACGACAACGUAAAUUCACGCCUUCUGCGAAGGAAAACUUCCUAACUCCAGCGCGCGGCCUUGCUACAAACCUAUGCAAUGAACUGGGUGUCUUGAGCACACCUUCCCUCACACCAAUAUCCAAGCUGGAUACGUCGGCUUCUGAGGACAGUGGCUUCAACUCUCUGGGUCUGGAUAAGUCCCAGGAGUCCUCUGUGGAUCACGACGGUUCUUUCCAGGAGUUGUCGCUCCAGUCGGCCACCAGCAGAGAUAAGGAGACCUUAAGGGUCGCAGAGGCCAGGAAGAGGUCCAGACUAGAGCGCCAGCGAAGGCUCUCCACUCUUAAAGAAGGGGGGUCCCAGUCUGAGGAGGACAGUAGGCCUGUGGAGUCUGCAUGCAGCCAUGGAAAACUCCAGCUCAUGGGACAGAGAGCUCUCGCCACAGAGCAGGAGGACGAUGAACUCUUUCUGGAGAAAACUCCACUUGGCAGCGCCACCGUAAAGCUUGAGGACCUCUCUCUAACGCCAGCCCUGCAGCUGGUGCAGGCCAUGUGCCAGCGCAAUGCCAGGAGGCUGCCAGAGCAGACCAGUCUGGAGGAUUUGCUGAGUGCAUCAGAGGGUGCCCAGUCUUUCAAGACCACCUUGCCUUUGGAAGGGCUCAUAGGGAGGAAGAUGGGGCUGGACAAACUGGAUAUCCUAUCAGAACUGAAGAGGAGGAAUCUGAGACACAUCCUGGCAGUGAUAUUAAAUUUUCUCUCUUCCGAAGACAUUUACAGAUUUGGCCAGGUUUCUAAUGUCUGGGAUGAGAUCGUUUUGCAAGAUAAGAUGACUAAUCGACGGAGAAGAUCAUAUUUGAAAGACCUGAAGAUGGCUCAAGAGCUGGGUGGCGCAGCCCAUGUUGCUGAUGCAGAGACUAGGUUGAAUCUGCAGUGCAGGUCUGCCCUGAGGUCUGUUCAGGCCCAGUCCAAGACGCCUGUCACUCGCACCCCUACUUUGGGAAAUGGCACUUUCACCCCAGUCCAACACACGCAUUCAGCGAGCAAACGGGACGAGUUCCUACAGGUUGCAAAAACGCUAUUCAGCGACGAGUGCCUGAAACCGUGCCCCAGGUGCCAGCACCCUGCCAGGUGUCACUCCGUCAAGAGGGAGGGCGUAUGCAGCCGGGAGGACUGCAGCUUCCAGUUCUGCACCAGCUGCCUGUGCGCCUACCACGGGUCCAAAGAAUGCGGCAGCUGGUCUGCCAAGCGGCGCGGCAAGAAGGAGGUACUGCCUGGGAGCGCCCAGAGCAAGCGCAACCUCAGAAGGCUGUGAUCCUGUGUGUGUGCGCGCGUGUAUGUGUAUGUGUGUGUGUGCGGAAACGAGAGCGUGUGUCUGGAUUUAUGGCUUUUUCCUACCAUUUUUACUGUUGGGACCUUUAUAUGUUUUAAAUUAUGAAUCAGGGAAAUACGUUUACAGUGGGAGCUCCACCAAUCAGUGACCUCAAAUUUGCUGUGAAUGCUCUUACUCUUGCUAGAUGUACAGAAUGUGUUUCUCUGCAUGAGUUGUACAUAUUGUUUUAAAGUUUUACCUGUAUACCAAUUGUUUUAUGUACCCUUUCAAUAAAGUUUGUUUUUACACAUGG